AAUCAAUGAUGGGGAUUAUAAACUACAUGUACAAUACUAAAUUAAACAUAAUAUUGGAUGUAAAACAAAACUACAUACUCGUAUAGGAUUCAAAGAUUAAUCAAAUGCAUACGAUUGUUUAUCAAAUCACUGCAAAUGAGGUAUCAUCAUUAAUUGAUUGCUGUGAGUUGAUGUUUUAAUCAUCUAAUAAACAUCAUAAUAAAUUUGGAAUUAAAUAGCCUUUUCAAAUUACCACAUACAUCUUGAUUCACCAUGUAUCGGCUGCUACGAAUUUGUUCACCACCUUGAUAUUUAUGCGAAGAUGGGUACCACUACCGGGUAACUUCAAUUGCCUUCAAAUCCCCAUGGUGAUAUUACAAGCAAGCGUCAAUUUGACUCGUCAGAAGCAACUGGAAAAUACAUCAAGUAUCGGAGGAAUCAAAGAAGCAGCUUGGGUUUAUUACUGGUACACGAAGCGUCGUUAUCUAAUAAAAGAGAAAGAGUUGAAAGAUCGUUUUACGAUGCGUAUGAUAUAACUUGGAUAAUAGAAGAUCAUGGAGUGAUAUAUGAGAACGCUUCCGCCUAAUGAUGAGGAAUCAACUAUCACGGAAAUCACCGCCAUAGUUCUUCCACGACAGGGAAAAAAUCAGAUUUAAAAAACAGUUACAUUCAGCUUUCUGCAGAUCGAAUGUGACUCAAUUAUCUCGCUCUCACUCGCUCAUCAUUACCAUGGACACAUCAACAAUUCACAGCUGGCACUUUCUAUUGAAGAGUUGGGAUAAUCGAACGUCGGGGAAUUCAAAUGACAUAUCUUGCUCGAGCCUUUUCCACAAAUGGGAAACAAUCUGGUAAUAUUGACUUCGUACUGAUUUAUACUAUAACAAACUAACUAAAUAACUAACAAAAUGGCGACGUCGUCACGCUUAAUGGUAUUUACGGGAUGUCUAUUUAUCGCUAUCAUUCUAUACUCAUUAUCCGAGAACACUUCCAAAUUCACGGAUGACACUUCUGACACGUCUGAGGCAAGAAAAAUCACACAUAAUAGAAUCAUAGAGGAUGCUUUUAAGUUAUAUUAUAACAUGGACGAUGAUAAACAAAAUGUUGGAUCCUCGCCCGUUUGCAAAUCCCAUCAGCCAACUGAUUUAGAUUUGGAUAAAUACAGAAUGGAGAUGAUAGAUCACUUAUUAGAGUACCCUAAACUGAUAAACAGCGACCAGAUUGUACUGAAUAAGGAGUGGUGCACUUACAAUAAGGCAGGGAAUAUAUUCUGUACCGAUAAUGACACAUCAAUGAAGAUCAUUGAGUUUGACAUCUUUAGUAUCAUCGGCGACGAAAUUAUAGACAGGAAAAUCAGUGGGAUUGCAAACCUAGACGCUUUUGUCAAUACACUUGGCGAUGUUCAAAAGAAUUCCCUCAAAGGAAAAGAUAUAUUGAGCAUAGUCCAGGGACGCUCGGGAGGGAGAAUUUAUCGACAAUUCCUUUUCCUGACCUCGAAAUCAAUAUUCAGCGAAGCUAAGUCAAAACACGUGAACAAAGGAUAUAACUUAAAUGUAUUAUUUUUGAAGGACUUCUCACGAUCGGAAUUUUAUAGAAAAUGCCCAGAAACUAGAAAAACACUUCAGACGUUGUUGAUGAAAAAUCAAUGCGCCGUCAUAGAUUUUCCACUUCAUCACGCCGUGUUUUUGAAAGAAAAUGAUGCUCUUCGGGGAUUUCUUAAAGGGAAAACAAACUCUUUUUCCAGUAGACAAACAUCUCUAUUUGAUGAAUAUAGACGUCUUGGUUACAAAAUAGUACGGAUCGAUAACCAGGAUUUACCAAGAACUUGUCAUGCGUGUGAUUUUGACAAAUUUAAUUCAGAUGAGAUUAGCAGUAGUCUUAUUGAUCAACUUAUCAGGAAAUCUAUCAAGAGCUUAAAUGCCAGAUUGAAUUCUGUUUCAAUACGUGAUGAAGUGAGAUACAUCGAGUAUGUAAUGGGAUACAUCGAGGCACUCCUCAAGACGUCAUCACAGCCCCUAUUCUCAUUCAGCUAUCUCUCGAACUUAUUUGAUGAAUUGAAUCUUGAUGGGGCGUUCGCAGAUACAAUCCUAAGCCGCCAUUUAGAAGCAUUGACCGAGUAUGACAAUACAGUCACAAUUAUUGUUAGUAAUAAGGGUAGUACUCGGAAAUUCCUCGAGAACAAAUAUCACACUGUAUUUGAAACGCUUCAGGUUUCAAAUCCUCCCUUAUUUAUUGUCGUUCCUAAUGCCAUCCCGAAACACAUUAGAGAGAUAUUUGCAUCGAUCCAAUCAAAUGCAUUAAAAAUAGUGACGUUGUUGGAUCUAAACAAUGUUCUAAAUCAAAUCGGGAGUAUUCUUUCCUCGAAUGAUAGUGAUUUAAACGAAAUUUACGUUCCUGAGAAUCAAAUGAAUGCAACCCCGAUCAAACAAACGGAUGAAAUAAUAGGUAUGCACCCCAUAUUUGAAACAAACAUGACGUCAAACAGACAUAAUUUAGCAAGUUAUCAUUUCCCUUUUCGAACUUGUGACGACAUAAAUCAGCUCGCUGCCAGCAACGGAAACAAAGAGGUUCAUAUUCUCCCAUGUAUCUGCGAAGGAAAGCAAAUAGAAUUCCCCAACGAUACAAUUCAAGUCGCUUUGGCAGAAUUCGCAAUAGCGCAUAUAAACAGUCUUAUACAUGACAGUGUAAAAUCUCUAAAGAUUCAUGAGGCUAAACAAGCCCAAUAUGCUCCUUGUGCAAAGCUAAGGGGUGUUAGAUUUAUGAAUGUAAAGUCAGAGCGACAAAAUGAUAGCGUAAUAACAAGAAUGGUAAUUACCGCACAUCCGAUACUCAAGAACGUCAAUGAAACUAUCAGUUUGUCAAUAACAGUAAUGGCAUCAUUGAAAAAUAACUCUGUAUUAAACACCACGAUGAUUUAUUACAACGUUCUCGAAUCUACAAAUAAGCUUGAACGCACAGAUACAUUGAAUCCAUUGUGUUUCAGCAAUGGUGAGACACACGAAGUAACAACGCUAUUUGAUGAAAUUCAACAUAGACGGGAAGUGAUGGCGCCUCAUUUUGGGGUAUAUCCAAAGAUUCAUGCUGUUGAUCGGCAUGGUUGCCUGAUUCUACUCAUCAGAGACUAUUCCCAUACUGUCGUAGUUGAAGCAGCUAACAUGUGUUCUGGGAAUUCUGAAUUUACUCUAACCGUUGAUGUUGAACUCCGUAAUAUGAGGACAUCGAGAGUGUUCCCUGUAACGGAAACCAUUUCUCCACGGGAGAAUAAAUUCCUGGGGUAUCUACAACAGACUAGCUAUUACGCUCGCCGCAAACAAUACGCUUUCAUCACGUCUUUCACAAUAAGGUUGAUUUCUUAGUAAUCUAUAUAAAGAUAACUAAGAGAUCUUAUCCAUUUUAUCUGAAAGAAAAUAGCAAAUGACAAAUUCAACACAAUUGUAAAUACUAUAUGUACAGUGUAGAUACGAAUAAUUUGAUACGAAAGGCCACAAAAGACUAAAGAUCCUAGAACCGAUUGUUGUAAGCCAUGUCAUCCUCAUCUUUGUGUAUGUCCUUAUGGACAAGAUAUGCCAAGUGAGAAGGAUGUCAUGUAAUUUUGUUGUAUGUAAAUGGACUUCCUAUGAUUGACAUGCAUGUAAACUGUCGUUUCAUGUAUGUCGAUGUCCUGCGUGUAACUUUGGCGUCAUAUUUUGCAAACUGGACGCCAUAUGAUUGCUGGAAACUGGACGUCUUUGUGUUGUC